AUAAACAUUUGCUCAACCUAUGCAAAAUGUGAUUGAUUGUUCAUUUUUGUUUAGGUAUCUACGGCUUAUUGUCGUGGAAGCCCUACGAUUAUAUCCACAGCCUCCGUUGCUCAUCAGACGGUCUCUGAAACCCGAUAGGUUACCGAGUGGCUAUAAUGGCGAUAAAGACGGGUACUCAAUUCCAGCCGGGACGGACUUGUUCAUCUCUGUGUAUAAUCUCCACAGGUCUCCGUAUUUCUGGGACAACCCUAAUGACUUCGAGCCGGAGAGGUUUCAGGUGCAAAAGCCGAGCCAAGUUGAUGGUUGGGCCGGUUUUGAUCCAUCCCGUAGCCCCGGGGCGUUGUAUCCUAAUGAGAUCAUUGCGGAUUUCGCCUUCUUGCCCUUCGGAGGAGGGCCGAGAAAAUGCGUCGGGGACCAAUUCGCCCUCAUGGAGUCGACCGUGGCGCUGGCGGCGUUACUACAGAAGUUCGACGUAAACCUACGAGGAUCGCCGGAAUCCGUCGAACUAGUUACCGGAGCCACUAUCCACACCAAGAGCGGAAUGUGGUGCCAGCUGAAGAAGAGGUUGUUGACUGCUAAUUGAUUGUUGUAAUUAUAGAUUAGCAACUAUAAAAUGAAACAAUUAUUUCAUGCAAUUUUCCCAAAAUUAUGGGUAAAUAUCGAAAUCGAGCAUCAAAUUUUACUCAUGC